GCCUCCUCUCUGAUCUUAUCUAAAAUAGGAGAUAGAUAAUGGAAUUGCUUUUCCUUGUUCUGCUCUCUCUGCACGUUGCCAAGACAGCAACAGAAGGUGACAAAGAAUGGUGCUACCUAUCACAAAAAUGGACUCAGUCUGAAUGUGCAGAGCCCGGUGUCUGGGAUACAGUAAAUGAGGAGUGUGGAAAAAAGGAACAGUCACCUAUCAAUAUUGUCACCAACAAAGUGAAGUACAAAGAGGACCUGAAACCAUUUACUUUUGAAGGCUAUAAUACCAAUCAGUCCUCCCCUUGGCGCAUAGAAAAUAAUGGGCAUACGGUUAAAGUAUCUCUUAGCGGGUCAGCAAAGAUUGGAGGUGGAGGUCUUCGAAAUAAAUACAAUGCGAUCGAGUUUCACUUCCACUGGGGCACAAGCAAAGGAUUCAGCCCUGGAUCGGAACACAGCAUAGAUGGAGAGAGAUACGCUAUGGAGCUUCAUAUAGUCCACAGGAAAGAGGGUUUCUCCACUACAGAGCAGGCAGUGACUGAUAAAGAAGGUCUGGCCGUGCUGGGGUUCUUUAUAAAGACCGGUGCAAAAAAUGAAAACUAUGAACCUCUAAUAGAGAUGUUAAAUGAAGUUGCUCUCAAAGGGUCUCAAAAAAAUAUGACAUCUUUGCCCCUGGAAUCGCUCAUUCCGGCUAAAAAGAAUCUCACACGUUAUUAUCGGUACAAUGGCUCACUGACCACGCCCAACUGCAACCAGGCUGUCGUCUGGACAAUAUUUCAGGAGCCCAUCGUACUGAAGGAAAGUCAGGUGGAGAACUUCUUGGAGACGCUUUACUUCACUAAGAAUAAAACAUUACUCAUGACCGACAAUUUCCGACCUGUUCAACCUCUCAAUGACAGAAUCGUGUACCGCUCUGAUGUCAGUGUCAUCCAGCCUCCUGCAAAGGCUUUAUUGGUGGUCCCAACACUUAUCUACGUCAUGAGUCUUCUUUUCCAAUGAACACUCGCCAUCCAAUACCAGGUUCUGCGGAGGUUAAUUUUUUGUUUCAAGCACUUUUCUCCAGUUGAGAAGCCCUAGACUGCAGCUGAUUUUACAACAUAGCCUUGGUGUUUUUCCUAACACUUAUCAAUAGGAAUCUUAUAUAUAUAUAUAUA